UGAAGUGAAACGAGUACCAUGGUUUCCGUGCAGAAAGAUGCUCAAGCCGAGAGUAUGCAGCUGAACGCGAUGGCCGCGAACGCAGCUUGGAAGAGCAUCACCUUGACUCCGGAGGUGAUCCAAGCGGCGCUGGAUGCUGUGCGCUACAAGAAGAACUACAACCGCGCCGUCUCCAAUCGACUCUGCCUGUACUACAUCAACUCUAUCCGUUCACGGGUCAACAGCGGACUCGUCAACUACCUCAUCUCGGUCGACGGCUGCGAGAGCUCGCAGGUGGUGGACAGCGGCAUCUGCGAUAUCUACUACUGCAAGCCGUACACGUACGAGCUGCAACUGGCCCAGAAAGCGGCUGGAAGCUACGAGUACGGCGUGACGUCCAUCUACAAGACGGUGGACCAACCAAAGUCCUCGGACGAUAUCAAGAACGAAUGGACCAACCUCGUCCCAGAGAUUCCCGCCGAGAUGCCCGCCCCCGAGGGAGCAGCCCCGCCUCCUGGAGUUGGAGCAGGCCCACCGGAGUGGGAGAUUCCCUACUUGAUCCCGGAAGGUGAGAUCCCCUAC